CCCACCCAAUUAAUCGCCAUCUUUCUGCUGCCAGAAAUGUGCACGUACGCGUAUCCUGCCGCGUCCGAGUUCGAUUCAGUGAUUGAUCUUACUAAAUUUUAAGAUCCGAUCUUUCUUCAGUUGCAGUCGACGACGACAUGCUGUCUUUGCAAACCUGAUCAAACUUAAACAAGGUAUUGUUGCCUAUGGCAUCCCCAGUUUCCAGAGAACUAAACUUCUGUUGAAUGAGAAGGACAUCUUACACCAUGGAUGGAUUCUGCCUUCUCUAUCUGCUCCUGCUCCUCUUGAUGAGAUCUGGUGAUGUUGAAACCAAUCCAGGUCCUGACACUGCAGAAAGUACUGUCAGUGAUAUGGAGUUCCUGAAGCUGGCCUAUGAUAUCCCUCCAUCUUACUACGAUGCAGUAGGGAUAUCUCUAGGGAUCCCCUCAGCUCAGAUACAGGCAAUCCUUAUUCAGAUGUCGCAUAAUUAUUCCAAUGCAUUUUUGCGAGUAUUCAUGAAAUGGAAAGUCAAGCAGCAACCUCCACACUCAAACAGACGACAGCUUUUGGCAGACGCACUUCGAGAGAUUGACUUGGGUGGCCUAUCGGACAGAUUACUCAAUGAACCUCUAAUUCCAAACAGCACAGGUAAACAGAUAUUAAUUCUUUCUCCACCAGAAGACAUAUAG